UGUAUUUAAUUAUUCCUUUUACGUGUGACAUGAAGUGAAAACUACUUGAGAGACAAGGGAACCAGCAGGCAGCGGUGCAGUUAUGGAGAAGGGCAACGAGGGAAGAGAACAAUUUAAAACAAAGUGUAAUGACACAUAUAUGUACACACUCACAUAUAUAAACACACAUAUGUGCCACAAGAACCAUUACUUUAUCUGCUAACUUGCAAAAUUAAUUUUCAGGACAGGACAGAGAGAUGGCUCAGAGAGUAAAGGCACUUGGCAGUUUGGAGCCCCAGAAGCCAGGCCUUAACUGAAUGUCUCAAAGAACAACCACUCUCUAAACCUCACCCUGUCCACGCCCGCACUCGUCAACUCAUCACCGCGGGUCUCGGUUGUUUCUUUGCGCUUGAACGGGCUGGUUUGGUCUCCAGCCCCGGGCACCCCAGUCGUAGUUCAAGUCUCUCCAAGCUUCUUGACUGCUGAGCUCCCUUCAAUGGAAGGCAGCUGAGAACGCGUCCUCUCCUCUAGGCACUUUCCCUCAGUCUACAGCUCUCCCCCAGAUACGCAGGCGCCCGAAGGGCUAGCGACUAGGUCACCUCGGGAAAGCGCGGCAGUGCGCCACCCGGCUCCCGAUAGACGCACUAGCGCGAGCGAACAGGCGCAGCCUCCCUGCUGUUUCUCGUGGUAGCUCCGCCCCUGCCCCACAUUGCCACGCCCACAGGCCUUGGGGGGAGGGGCAAGCCUGGAUGACGUCACAGAAACCGGCCGCCCAUUGGGUCUUCGUGCGCGCCGGGUCCGGAGGGCGUGUUCGCUGGCGCUGAUUGGCUGGGGCGCGCCGGCGGGGAGGAGCCGACCGCGGGGCCGGGAGUGCGGCGGCGGCGGCGGCGGCAGCAUGGGUCCUCGCCCGCGGCUUCGCUGAGUCUCCCUGGCCUGGGCUGCCCGCGGCGCCCGCAGCGGCGGCGUCAUGAAGGGGGCCCUGGGGAGCCCGGUAGCCGCCGCGGGCGCCGCGAUGCAGGAGACGUUCGGCUGCGUCGUGGCCAACCGCUUCCAUCAGCUGCUGGACGACGAGUCGGACCCGUUCGACAUCCUGCGCGAGGCCGAGCACCGGCGCCAGCUGCAGCGCAAGCGACGCGACGAGGCGACGGCGGCCAGCGGGGCCGGGCACCGGGGCGGCAGGAGCCCGGCCUUGGCCUCAGGACACAGGCCCGGCGCGGCCGGCCGCAGGGAGUCGCAGAAGGAGCGCAAAAGCCUCGCGGCGUCUGGCGCACAGCAGCCGGACAGUCCCGGGGGCCCGCAGCCUCCAGGCCAGAAGCGGAUUCCAAGGAGAGGGGAGCAGCAAGGAUGGAAUGACAACCGGGGGACAGACGUGGUGCUCGACAGAGCAGAGCGAAGGUCCUGCAGGGAAUGUGGGCCCUAUGACACUGAGAGACAGGCAGGCGCCACAGCGGAGAAGCUCACAGAGGGAAAACCAGUUGACAGGUUUGAUCGAGACAGACCACUGAGAGGACGUGGAGGCCCCAGAGGAGGCCUGAGGAGCAGAGGCAGAGGUGGCCCCGGGAAUAGAGCUUUUGACUACUUUGACCAAAGAGGGAAGCGAGAUUUUGAAAGAUACAGUAGCAACAAUAAAGUUGACACAGAGCCACCUGCACCCAUGGAAGAGACCUUGAUGAUGGAGGAGUGCCAGGGCGCCACAGAUGAGGAGUCUCCAGCCAAAGUUCCUGAGUUGGAGGUAGAAGAGGAAAAUCAAGUCCAAGAGAUGACCUUAGAUGAGUGGAAAAACCUUCAAGAACAAACCAGACCAAAGCCUGAGUUCAAUAUCCGGAAACCAGAGUCCACAGUUCCUUCCAAGGCGGUGGUCAUUCACAAGUCCAGAUACAAAGACGAUAUGGUAAAGGAUGAAGCUCAUGUCUUCCGGAAAGCCGCCAAUGACAUCACAUCCCAGUUGGAGAUUAACUUUGGCAACCUCCCUCGCCCUGGACGGGGAACCAGAGGCAGUACUCGGGGGGGCCGAGGAAGGACCAGAAGAGCAGAGAACUAUGGCCCCCGACCAGAAGUGGUGACCCAAGAUGUCGCUCCCAACCCGGAUGACCCUGAAGACUUCCCCGCCCUGGCCUAACAGCCACUCCCCCGCAGCAGAGCAGCACUAUGAAGAGACUUUCCUUGCCGCGAGAAGAGUCAGACUCUAAGAACAAUAGAUGUUGCUUUUCCCGUGUCGUGUGAACUUGUUGCACUUUCUUGCUCUGUUGGGAUGUGGAGUGCAGGUUCCCGUGAGUUCACACACUUUCCAUGACUUUUGUAAGGAAUGAUGUUUAAAAAAUGUGUAACAACUCCACCAGAGUAAAAUGAAUUAGGAAAUAGAACUGCUGGGCAUGGUGGCACAUGCCUUUAGAACUAGCACUUGGGAGGCCUUUAUAACUAGCACUUGGGAGGCAGAGGCAGGUGAUCUCUGUGAGUUCAAGGCCAGCCUGGUCUACAGAGUGAGUCAAAGUCCAUUAUUUGAGGACACAUGGAGAACUGGAGCCCUUCACCUAAAGCAGCCUAGUCCUCAUACCACGCCUGUAACCAUUCCGUUCUGUUAACAUCGCACACCAGUGACAACCACUCAUGAAGCAGAGGAUGUAGUGGCUUUCAGUGGUGACUAAACUACCUCGUGGUCUGUAUUUGCGCACACCCUCAUGUAGUGUGUGUGUGUGCGCGCCUAGUGUUCAAGUGGUUGUAAGUAUAUUAUUUAAUUCGCUAAUCAAACAAAAAGGCUUCCUGUGUAUUUUUUUUUCCCCCUGAGAAAUGGUGUCAGAAUUCAGCACUGUACUCUGAGCAGACGGACUUGUAGCUAAAUCCCAUUUGCCCAUUUGCCAACUAGGAACAUGGGCAGGUCCCUCCCCUGGGCUGUACCUGAGGUUCCUGUGGCACUUGGCCACCUCUGGUGGAGGGUUAGGGUUAGGGGCCACCUCAGAGGCUCACCCCCUUACCUGGAAUCCCACCCCAAACAGGGCCAAGCCACCCAUCCACUUGUUUAAGAGUCAUUGUGUGUGGGAGGGUCCAGAAGGGGCUAGACAGCUGCAGAGAUGGGGAGGGAGGCUGGCCUGUUGUCCUCACGGUUGGACCCUGCUCCCAAGGCCCAGGGCUCCUCGCAUUUGGUCUGUGAAUGGUGUGAAUGAAAGGUGGCACUCCCUCUGAAUCGUGUAUGAAAACUGAACCCUAGACACAUUACUGCCAAGGGUGUUUGCUUUGAGUGACCUCCUGCUCCUAUGUUUAUUAAAUGAACGAGCACAAAGGUA